GGUUGGACAUGAGUGCGCGCGAGGUAUUUUUCGCGCGGUUUUCUUCCUAUUCCUCCUUUCAUGCUGUUGUUCUCGCGGGCGCACAGAGCGCGCGCGCUUAACGGUCACUUCAGUUAGCAGUGAAGUGUUUCCUCGGUUCUUUUUUUUUACCAGUUUGAGGGGCGAAAAAAAGCGAGCGAGAGAGAGAGGGACAAAAGAAGGAGAACGAGAAGAAAAGGAGAGGAACUCGAUGGGAUGAUGGCAGCAAACUGGCCGUUGGGACUUUUUCUGUUUUUCCUUCAGGCUUGCAGUUCCCUAUCAGCUGAUGCCGAAGAGAGGCUGGUGGAUUUCCUCCUCAGUUCGGAUCGCUACAAUAAGCUAAUCAGACCGGCGAUCAAUAAGAGUCAGCAGGUCACCAUCGGCAUCAAGGUGUCCCUGGCUCAGCUGAUCAGCGUGAACGAGAGAGAACAGAUCAUGACGACUAACGUGUGGCUCACGCAGGAGUGGAACGACUACAGACUCACCUGGGACCCGGACGAGUACGACGGCAUACAGAAACUACGAAUCCCCUCCCACCACAUCUGGCUCCCUGAUAUCGUGCUCUACAACAAUGCGGACGGUGUGUAUGAAGUCUCGUUCUACAGCAACGCUAUCGUGUCCAACACGGGCGACGUCUUCUGGCUUCCUCCGGCCAUCUACAGGAGCGCCUGCGCCAUCGAGGUCCGCAACUUUCCCUUCGACCAGCAGAACUGCACGCUGAAGUUCCGCUCGUGGACGUACGACCGCACCGAGCUCGACCUCGUCCUGACCUCUGACUUCGCUAGCCGUGACGACUACACGCCCAGCGGCGAGUGGGACGUCGUGUCUUUGCCGGGCCGCAAGAACGAAGACCCAAACGACGCCACUUACAUGGACAUCACGUACGACUUCGUGAUCCGACGUAAGCCGCUGUUCUACACCAUCAACCUCAUCAUCCCGUGCGUGCUCAUCACCUCUCUCGCCGUGAUGGUCUUCUACUUGCCGUCAGACUGCGGUGAGAAGAUGACUCUGUGCAUCUCCGUGCUACUGGCCCUCACCGUCUUCCUGUUACUGCUCUCCAAGAUCGUUCCGCCCACCUCGCUGGCUGUGCCGCUCAUCGGCAAGUACCUGAUGUUCACCAUGGUGCUGGUGACCUUCUGCAUCGUGACCAGUGUAUGCGUGCUUAACGUGCAUCACCGCUCGCCGUCCACACACCACAUGCCUGCCUGGGUGCAGCGCGUCUUCCUGCACCAGCUGCCCGUCUUCCUGCUCAUGCGGCGACCAGGUCGCUCCAACGUGCGUGAACGGUUCCGGAGGAAAUACCAGAGCAGGUCGUUCUCUGGCGACACGUUCGCUCUGGGGGCACGGAGGGUGGCCGAGCUGCCCGAGGACUCGGAGUUCAGGCAAAGGCUCGGAGUCUGGCGCGACGCAGAGGUGGAUGCAGCCAUAGAGGGCGUGCGGUUCAUUGCCGAACACAUGAAGAAUGAGGAUGACGAUGAAGGGGUCAUUGAGGACUGGAAGUAUGUCGCCAUGGUGAUCGACCGUUUGUUUCUCUGGGUUUUCGUCCUGGUGUGUCUGACCGGAACACUCGGCCUCUUCGUCCAGCCCCUAUUCCAGAGCUACAACACACCUGUAGCAAGAGAUGACUGACCGACCACGGCGUUUAAUAAACGUGCCAGGUAAACCCGGAAAGAUGUCGGAGCACGUAUCAGUCGCAAUGAGACCAAGCAUACCGAAUAAAAGACAGCGAUCCACCACACGUACACACGCUGAUCGGCUGGCGAAACAUCCAGCACCUGCCCAGAUCUGCAGCUGUGUGACGGUGAUGACUGAUGUCACGUAAUCAGGGUAUUCAGAACUGUAUUACUGCACUAUGAAAACUAAUAGAGACUUAGUACCACCCUAAAUUCUUACGAUUUGGACACGGACGUCGUCACACGCAGCGUUUUCUUGUACACUUACUUUACAUAAUGUUUUUUUUUUUUUUUUUUACUGCCUAUAAAACUGCCCUGGUGUAGGUAGUAGAUCAGCUCUUGCCAUCACUCCUGCCGCAAUAAUCCUCAUUUCAGCCAUAGGAUUUUCAGAAGUGUUUCUAACACUAGCGUACCUUAUGAACAGCUACAAUAAAACCACAAAAAAUGGGCAAAUUUUAAUUAGGCUAAUUCAAAUUUAUAUACAUGCAAAUUACUGUGUAACGUUUGGUAAGUUUCAGGAUUUCCCAGAUAGCCAAAAAAAAAAAAAAAAAGUAAUGUGUGUUAUAUAUUUCAGAAAAGUAGUGUGCAAUACUUAUCUAAGAACCUAGGAGCACUUUCUAUGAAGGCAAUAUGUACAGUGUGAAUAUGUUAUGAUGCAUUAAUAAGGCGCUGUACACGUUAUGAUUAUUUAUCAAAACAAGUAGCGUUUACACAAGUUUAUUUAUUUAAAUCGACAGCAAUAAAUUUAGAGCACAAAAUUUACAGAAGGUGUACGAUUUUGUAGUAUGAUGUUAUUAAUAUUUCUCUUGUAAAAUGAAUUUAUUAAUCGGGGGGGGGGAUAUUUUUUUUAAUAUUGGAGUCCAAAACGUCCGAGUCCGUGUCGAGUUCGAGUAUAAAUUAUGUAUAUUAACGCUACUUAUAAUGCAUCGGGUUGACCGCUCGUAAUGCGUAAUAGAGAGAGCCAUAAGGCGUAACGCACGUUUCCGAAUAAUUACCAACGUAUUCGUAGUUCAUUAUGAUCAUGACCUUCAUGGAAAGUGUUACCGACCUUGACCGGUGUGUAAACGGACUGAAACGUUACGCAUGCAGUGCACUCGCAUCACGAAGUUUCGUUUUCAUGUCGUUUCACUUUGCAUUUAAGUCACACAAGCUGCACUGCGUCUCCACUGUGCUCCCAGAUUUAAAGCAGCACUAUGCAACUAUGCGUUUUUUUUUUUUUUUGUUUUUUUUUUUUUUUGUCCUUAUAGCCAACCAGCCUGCUUACCGCCUCACCGCUCCAGGGUCCCCGGUUCGAUCGUUUCGCAUGCUCUCCCUGUGCCUGUCUGGGUUUCCACCGGGUUCUCCUGUUCCCUCGCACUGUCCAUAAAAAUACCAGUAGGUGGAUUGGCUGUGCUAAAUCGCCCCAGGUGUGAACGUACGUGUUCACACACACACACACACACACACACACACACUGCAGCUUUGAACUAUUUCACAACGUAAUGUUUACAUCUUUCUCAACUCUCAUAGAAUCGAGUUAUUUUAUAUUUACCUCUCAUGGUUUUUGUUUUGUAGAAGCCUUGUGUGUGUUCCAACUCUAAAACAUUAGUAUGCAUGAGAACACAGUAUGUGUAAUUUUAUUUUAUUUUUUUACUAAGCCCCACACACAUGCAAAAAAAACAAAAACAACAACUUGAAGCGUUUUUAAAUAUCGGCUUACGUAGUUUGCCGAUCUAAAGUAUAAAUAAAUGCGUUUUGUUUUGUUUUGAACUGUCACUUUUUUUUGAUUGCCUUAAUGGAGAUGAAGUUAUUUUCUAUCACUUUCGAGACAGCAAUAAUGUGAUGAAAAUCAGAUUAUUGUUAUUGGGGAUAUGAUACAAUAAACGUUUUUUUCUUUUUUU